AUGACGGAAAAUAUCCCGCCCGCAACCACUGCUGGCGCGACCGGCCCUAAUGGCGUCCCGGCUACUUCUGGGUCGGAACAAGUGCAGAGUCGCGGGAUCCCAUAUUAUGAGAAGCUUAGACGCGAACUGAGAGAGACAAUACAGAAGAAGCGGCUAAUGGAUAAGAACAUGGCCGCCCUAGAAGAAUCGAUAUACCGCUUCGAGCAAUCCUACCUCGAAGAAACCGGCGCGGGAAACAUAAUUAAAGGGUUCGACAAUUAUAUCAAAGGCUCCUCUGGCGGCACAAACACAACCCCUUCCCACGCCCCGACACCCACCUCCGCUUCCAUGCCAGGCUUUCAGAGAGACAACAGCAACAACAGCAACAACAACACUAGAGACCAUAAAGAGACUUCCAACGCCAUCAGCAACAACAACAGCAGCAACAGCAAUCCACCCGCCCCCAACACCGUGAAGACGAGCACGAAUAAAAAAAACAGGAAAUCAUCCGCCGCGACGAUUGCCAACGCGAACGCAAACGCCAGCGCCACUUCCAACGCUAAUGCUAAUGCCAACACGAGUACAAAUACAAAUUCAGUCGUUAAUGCAACUGCAAAUGCAAAUGAUGCGAAUUCGGGUAAUGGGGCUGGGGGCGCGAGGGGACGGGAGAGGGAUGGAGAUGAUGAUGCUGAGUCUGGGGGUAAUAAGCCGCCAGUGAAGAGGUUGAAGAUUACGUACGGGCGGGAGUGA